UGGAGACGCGGCCCCGCCGCCAACCGGCCCCGCCCCGCCCGAGGCGCCCGGCCCCGCGGCCCGCGAGUCGUGCAGGCGCCUCCGCGCGGGUGGCCGGGGCGGCGACGGCUGCAGGGCGCGGGGACCCCCCGGAUGCUUGGAGCCGGGGAAGGCGCUGGUGGCCGGGGGAGUGCCAGCGCCCCCAGCACGGCGGCUCACGGCGCUGCCCCCGCGGGCGCUCAGGACGCAGGUCGCAGACGUGGACACUAGCGCUCUAGCCAGUGGGUUGCCCGGGGUCGCCCCCCACGAUCACCUUGAGGAGGAGCUGAAGACUGGCCGUUAAGCGAGCGCCGAACAAACGCCGCUUCCAAAUCCCUGGCAGGAUCAGAACGGCUCUGCGGGGCUGAAAGCGACCCCAGCACGGAUCCUGCCUGGUUGCACCAUGUCCUUUCAUUCGGGACACCGGAUACACCUUUUGGGAUUAAGUGGUGCAAGUCGCGGUGUCAGAAUCGCAGUGGACACCUGACACGUCCCGCCCCCGACCCCACGUGGGUGCCUCCUCCCUGUCAACUGCACACCUAACACAGUGCACACGGGAAGCGCUGCGGCCAGGGCGCCACGGACCUUGCUGACUCCCGUGUGGUUCUUAGGUGUCUUUUCAGAAUGCUCCGAGGCGCCUCUCAGGUUUCCUUGCAGAGAAGCUCCACACGGGUGUCGCCUGCAGAUGGCCUGGAUGUCUCAUUUGUACCCCUAAGUGCAAAGAAGGACUCCUCCAAACCUAACAGCUGAAAAACCGGUGCAUUCGUGUGAUUCAUAAAAAGCGGGGGGCAGCUGUCCAGGAGCACAGGCUCAGAGGCCGCGAGCCCAGGAGAGGGGAGGUUCCAGCCAGUGAUGAGCCGCCGCGUCCCCCUGGCAGAGAAAGCCCUGUCUGAAGGCCAUGCCCGGCUCCGAUACAGGGACACCUCCCUGCUCAUCUGGCAACAGCAGCAGCAGAAGCUGGCGUCUGUGCCGCCCGGGACGUACCUGAGCAGGAGCCGUAGCAUGUGGUACUCACAGUAUGGAAACGAGGCCAUCCUCGUCCGGGACAGAAACAAGCUGGGCGUCUCCCAGGACACAGGGCAGUCCAAGUUUUGCUCCAUUAUGUAAUUCUGGGGUGAAAACGAGCCCAGGCACCAAGCCACCUUGCUGGUCCCUAGUCCUCACUGGGAGACUCUGAACAGUGAAUAUGAAGGCUGAGCUGCAGUAGAACCCCCAAAUCCCAGAGACGGUGCCCUGGCCCAUUCGCAGUCAGGGUGGCGGUGGACUUGGCUCCUGGACUCCGUUCUGAUCUUGUAGGUGCUGUAGGCACAGCCCAGGCCAGGCUAGAUGCCACUGUGGUUAUGCUUCCAAAUAAAUCUAGUGAGAGGGGCACCCCGGUUACAGACAGCCUUUUCACGUUCUUGCAGGUUGUCUUUAGUUUUCGCUUCUGCCUGGUAAAGAACGGGUGAGAUCUAGAAAAAGGUGAUAGAAUUGGCAUCGGGUAGGGUCGAAAAUCCAUUUGCAGGACCAAGAUGGAUGUAUCCUAGGUGGUCAGCAGCAGCAUUUCAGCAGGAACUUUGUGGCACUUGAAUCCUGAGUCUAGUUACCAAAACGAUCUUUGCGUGUGAUGCUCCGCGAUGGCUUCUACACCAGCUUCCUGAUGCUGGAGGUUUGUGGGCAAAGCCAUCCAAAAACCAUGAAAGAAACCCCAAAUUAUCAAGCUACACAUGAGCUGCUCACAGUGAUUUCAGAUUUAAUCACAGAGCUGAACCAGGCAGGUUCUCAGCCGACAGCAGUGCAGCCUCUGCUCUGAGGCUGCAGCUCCCAGCCACCUGCAGCAUUUGAUGCAUGUUGGCCGUUACCACACACAGGCAGCCCUGGCCCACCUGUGUGGGCAGUCUUGAGUCAUUUUAAAAGAAUUUGCUGUCUGCUUAAUUAAAGUUUGUGU